AGUCCGGCCGAGUCUAUGGACUCCAUGACUGGCCCGCCAACUCGCUUUCGCUAGCUCAUAGAGUCACCGGGAAUCUCUGCACCUAGAGAGAGCACGAGCAUGAGGAAAUGUAAAAGGGAAACAAUCAUGGAGAAGAAGAUGAGACAGAUGUCAUGUGAGUGGAGGAGAAGGAAUUGGUCGGGCGAGUUCAUGGAGUCACCGACAAUCGUGGGAACUGUAGAGAGUACGAGGAAGAGUAGAGUGAAAGUAUUCAUGGAGAGGAGGAAGAUUGAGGAUAGAACGAAGAGAAUAGAAGGGAAAAUGUUCGAUCAUUUGUCUAAAAGAAAUUUGUGUGUUAAGUGCUUAAAUACCUCCUGAGCUUUGUGGCAGAGUUCUUGAUUCUGAAACAAGUCCUGUGAUUUGUAGUUUUGUACUGAAGAUGGGAGCUAUGAUGAGGCAGUUUAGAGCGGCUUUGUAUCUUGUAUGCUCAAUAGAUUUAUGGAGAAUGGCCGUGCUUUGGACCGUUUCGCUCUUUACCUCUUACUUGCAGUUAUACACCCAAAGGCUCUUUUCUUCAAAAUCUGACUCCUAUCCUCACUGCAAUUCUCCAGUGACUGCAUCUAUGAGACCUGUUUGAGUUGUCACUGGCGCUACAUCAGGUUUAGAAGCUGCAGCAGCUCAUGCUCUUUCAAGGGAAGGUUUCUUCGUUGUUCUCGGUAAUCUGACCAAACUUAUUUCACCUUCAUUUUCGCUUUUCUUCAGUGAAUUUAAUGAUAUUGGUUUCCAUUCAUUUUUCUGGUUAUAUGGUUGCUUGCUUAGAACACUAGCUUCCCUGUGGGUUUUGAAAGCCAAAAUGAUUUUGUAUGGAGAAUAUUUCUGCCACAUGGUUGACAUCCAUUAUUUUGUUUAGUCAUUGUAUGAAGACAAAAGGUUAACUCCCGUUUUGAAUUGCCUUUUAAUAUUGAGCCAUUCUAAGAUGAUUUAUGAAAAUUCUAAUCUUAGGUAUGACAAAGAUGUACUGAAAGGACCUUUUGGGGGUUGUAUACACAUUAAACUCUCCUGUCAUUGAACUUGAUUGGUUGUGUUUUUAGUGGAUUGACAUGAAUCACAUGGUAACUGGGUGCCUGACUGCCUGGUUUCACUAAUAGCUAUAUGUUUCUGCAGUUGUGCACUCAUCCCAUUUGUUAUCAAAGAUUAUGACAGAGAUAAAGACCUAGAAUGAAGACUUCCAUCUCAAAGCUUUUCAGGUUGACCUGUCAUCGGUCCAAUCAAUCUUGGAGUUUAAAGGCUCAUUUCAAAAAUGGCUUGUGGACUCAGAAAUGCAUUCAUCAAUCCAGCUUUUGAUAAAUAAUGCUGGGAUAGUAGCAAGAUCAUCCAGGCUCACACCUGAAGGCCAUGAUGAGUUCUUGUGCUAUGCUCAAUCAAAAGAGGAUGAUGGCUAUAAAUUACAUUGGUCCAUUCUAUCUGACCAAAAUUCUACCUCCUCUUCUCAAGAACAGCCCUGUUCCUUCCAGGAUAGUGAAUGUCACAUCCUUCACAUAUCAAAAUGGUAAGAGUAUUUUUUUUUGAAAAAAAUGGUAAGAGUCCUACUUUCACAAAUGAAUCAUAGUCUACUGAGAAGCUUAUAUUUAUAUAUAGUAAUCAAUUAUCACUUCUAUU